ACGAAAACUGUAAGCAAAUCGAACUUGGAGAAUGUUACUACCCUCAACCUGUAGACCACGGGCAUCUUCGAAUUCUGAAAAGCUCGACGAUUCUUCAAAAGACGAGGAUGUACUUGUAAUAACUUCCGAUGAAACUUCCCGGGAUGUUCCAGCUACCGAUGAUUCGACAAAAGAUGUGGUGGCUGAAGAUGUUGAGGCUUGUAGUGAUUCAGUUAAGGAUGUUUCGACAUUGGAUGCAGUUACUGAGGACAUACUAGGAGAAUCAUAUCAUUCAUUGAUGUAUUUAUUCAGAAUUCCUGUCUGCACCAUAUCCAAAAUUAUUCCGGAAGUAUGCAAAGCUUUGUACGAUACACUACAUGAGGAAUAUUUAAAGGUAAGGAAAGAGAAGGAUUUUAUUUAAGUAAAAAUGAACAUGUUUUAAAAAAGUCACUAUAAAAAAUGUUUAUUAUAAUUGAUAGAAUAUAGUCGCGUCUACAGUUUGUGGUGAUGAAUCGGAGGAGAACGACGUUGUGGAAGAUGUUGAGGAAUCCUCUUCAUCUUGUAUAUCCACGAUUGCUCGUUGCACAAUUUUUCGUAAUUUUUUUUUGCUUUCUGUGUUUCUGAAAUUUCUCAACACUGAGGCAACAUAAUCUCAGAA